AUGGGUCGAACCUUCCAUAGGAUCCAUGCCUCUAUGGCAGGCAAAUUUGACGGAAAUCUACGCGACAAAAUCCCUCAAUGGAUUCGUGCGAACGGAGGACAAUUCUCUCGAGACGUCAAUCCCAGCGUUACACAUCUCAUUGCCACAAAGCAGGCUUACAAGGAAAACGCGCCUUUGGUCCACAAUGCCAAAAUGCUAGGAACCGUCAAGAUCGUCACGUACGAUUGGCUUGAAGACUCCUUACAGGCAGCCACCCGGAAACCCAAGUCAGAAGAACCAUAUCUGCUCCAAAAUCUCAUGAGCACUAGCAAGCCGGAGAACAAAACAAUCAAGAUCACACCAACCAAGGUGUCCAAAAAUGUGUCCAAAAAGGAGAGCAAACCCGUGGCUCCGAAACGACAGCUAGGUUUCUUUGCUGGUACACAUCUACGCAAAGAUAUUGAUCAAUACAAGAUUUUCGAGACAAUCACUGAACCUCACACCUAUUCCACUUACGCCAAAUUCAGCCGCGUGGGCAAAGCGACCAUCGAAGUUCUGGCACUGCCAAAGAGCACGAUUGAGAUUGCACGGGUGAAGUUUAACAAUUUCUUCAUCGAGAAGACUGGCAAAGAAUGGGAAGAGAGGGACGAUGGGCAGAUGCCAGCUCCAAAGGUGGGUUCUGAUGGUCAAACCCUGCCCAUCCACGAAGGUUGGUUCUGUCUUGAACGUAAGAGAAAUCUUCUCGGCGAUUAUCUUAGGGGGACUAGAGCUGUGAGCCCUCAAGAAACGGAUGAUCAACCGGGAUGUGAUGAUAAUGAGCCUGACUCUGGGGAUGAGGAUGUUUCGAUGGAAGAUCAAGGAAACGCAGCCGAGUCUGGAGCUGAUGGAGAGAAUGAGGCCAAUGAGGCCAGUGCGAUUGAGGAGGACAACCAGUAA